AAUAAUGGUGACAUUUCUAUACAAGUCAACUUCCGCGUUAAAACCCACCAGUGUAACUCUUAACCCAGCCAGCAAUUGGGACUCAACGUCACGACUCACCUCCACUCACCGCCCUACGCUUCCACUUAACCACCUCCGGCGACGGCGCACCUCCACCAUAAACCUCAACUAGCCUCAUCACCGACCUACACGCAACUUAAAUGCUCAUUCACAAACCUUACUUCCAAUUUCUAACUUCUUCUUCAACGAAUUCGAAUCGUUCGUCCGUUACACUCGACUCGUUUCCCGAUGUACUCCUAUUCGUGUACGUAUAGCGUGCAUUUGCUUACUGUUUCGGCUCCGGAUCAUCGUCGUAAUCAGUGUUUUGCUACUACUGUAAGGAAGGCAUCAUAAUAAGGAACACUCGUUGGCAGGAACAAUGUGUGAAUGUUACUUAUGAUCAGUUUGAUAGAUAGAUAAUCAACAUAACUGGAUCAGGGAUGGAAGAGGCUCAGGAGAAUAUUGGAAAAUCGCCGCACUCAAAAAGCAUCACAACAGAGUCAUGUGCAAAGAGAUCAAGAAAACUGAAAUCUCAUUCUAAGAACAAGAUUGUUGAUUUUUUAACCAAUAGCAAAAACAAAGACUUUGAACACACAAAUGUAGCUGAAUCCUUGAGUAAUCCGUUUUUAGUAAAUUGCCAAAAUCAAAAGGGGGAUUUUUCCUCUGAGAAGCGUAAGAGGGGUCGGAAGAGAAAAAGGACAGAUGACAAAGUUGAGGUUGAUGAAGCUUCCAAGUUGAAAAGGCGAACGAGGUACCUUCUCAUUAAAAUGAAAGUUGAACAGAACCUUCUAGAUGCAUACUCAACCGAAGGCUGGAAAGGUCAAAGCCGGGAAAAAAUUAAGCCAGAAAGAGAACUUCAAAGAGCCAAGAAGCAGAUACUGAAAUGUAAACUGGGACUCCGUGAUGCCUUACGCCAACUAGAUUUACUUAGCUCAGAUGGUUGUAUUGAUGAAUCUGUAAUAGCUCCAGAUGGAUCUGUGCAUCAUGAUAAUAUACAUUGUGCAAAGUGUAAAAUGAGGGAGGCAUAUCUUGAUAAUGACAUUAUACUGUGUGACGGGACUUGCAAUUGUGCGUUUCAUCAAAUGUGCAUCGACCCUCCCCUUUUAACUGAAAACAUUCCACCAGGAGACCAAGGGUGGUAUUGUAAAUAUUGCAUUUGCAAGACUGAAAUCAUAGACUCGAUGAAUGCGCACCUUGGAACAAGUUACUCUAAUGACACCAAUUGGCAGGAUAUAUUUAAGGAUGAAGCUACAUUACCUGAUGGUGGGGAUACUAUACUCAAUCAAGAAGAAUGGCCUUCAGAUGAUUCUGGUGAUGAUGAUUAUGAUCCAGACAGAAUUGAAAAACAUGAAAAUAGUUGCAGCAAUAGCAGAGCUUGCUCUGCGGGCGAAUCUUUUGACGAUAGUGCUGUCAGCAGUAGCUACAGUUCACUGUCACUAGAUGAUGAAGUUCUUGAUGAUCAAUCUUGCAAGAUAAUUAGAAAUUCGGGUCUCGAAAGCACCUCCACUGAUUUUAUCGGUCUGGGUUCCGGUUCAGGUUCGGGUUCUGAUUGUGAGUUCGUGAGUGGUCGUAGACAACGUCGGUCGGUUGAUUAUAGGAAACUUUAUGAUGAAAUGUUUGGGAAAGAUGCUCUUGCAAACGAACAAGUAAGUGAAGAUGAAGAUUGGGGACCCACUAACAGAAAACGAAGAGAAAAGGAGUCUGAUGCAGCCAGUACCCUAAUGACUCUUUGUGAAACUGAGGAAUCAAUUGUUAAAGAUACUGCUGAAACCAAUAGGGUUGACACAAACUUAAAUGAACAUAAACGGUCAAUUAUCAGGAUUCCAGCUGAAGCUGUUCAGAAACUUCGCGCUGUUUUCGCAAAGAAUGAACUCCCCUCUCGAGCCGUUAAAGAAGACAUUUCCAAAGAGUUAGGUCUUGACCCUGAGAAGGUGAAUACGUGGUUCAGAAAUGCACGCCACCUAUCUCUUAAAAGUAAGAAGGCGGGAGAGGAUACUUCAAAUCAAAAUGAGGAUCCUUCUAUUUCAAAAGAAUCUGAACCAGCACCCGUCAAGAACAAAGCUGUCGACGAAUUUCCAUUAGAAAAUAAUCAAAAUAUGCUCAUAAAUGUCAUUGAAACCCCAGUGGACAGACGCACAAAAAAGUUUCGUAGGAGAAAGAAUACCACGUCACCAACCAAUACUGCAAAACCACAAGACAAUGGAGAGUUGCAUCUUUCGGCAUCAAAUAACAAGGUUGAUGGUGAUGCGGAUCUUGGAGAGAAUAACCCGAGCUUGAAAACGUUGAAAGAAACGACGGAAAAAGAUAAGGAAAUAGAUGUUAUCAUCGGUGGCACUAGUGAAGGUGAUAAUCAACAAGCAGCAGCAGAAGCUCAAAUGGAGAAACUUUGUCUUUUGAAAACGAAGUUGGAAAAACUACAACAGGUAAUACUCUUAAGAACACCAAACCGAAAAGCGGCUAAAACAAUAGCGCCAUCUGUUGAUCAGAGUCACACCACCUUUGUUCCUAUUGCACACCUCAAGGAGAAGCCUUAAUUCUUACACCACCAUCAUUGCCGUCGCGCCCCACCCUUGGUUGUAAUAACAGUUGCUUUAAACUAUUUAGCAUUAGGGUUGGAGAAAUGAUGGAUUAUAUAUAUAGUUGUUGUAUAAGUUCUUGUGUAAUUGUUUUUUGUGGAAAUCGACUCGGAUCAAAUCGAGUCGACUCAGAACCAAGGUCUUGUUCUCUCUU